CAAACUGGCCACAACUCAACAGGCUUUGGAGAAGAGAGCACUUGAUCAUGAAAAGAAAUGUCUUUCUAUCGCAAUAUCGUCUGGUUUCUCAAAGGAAUUCACGAAUACACAAGGAGUGGCUAUGAGCAAGCAGCUAAACACUUUGUGGCCAAGGAGCUGGAUGUGGCUGUGGUAGGAAGGUCCUUCAUGAUAACUGGGGCUAACAGUGGCAUAGGGAAAGCCACCGCCAUGGCUAUAGCUAAGAAAGGUGGUACAGUCCACAUGGUAUGCAGGAACAAGGAGAGAGCUGAGAAGGCCAAAGAAGAUAUAGUCAGGGAGACGGGGAACACAGAAGUAUACGUUCACCAUCUGGAUAUGUCCGAGACAUAUAAGGUGUGGGAGUUUGCUGAAUCCUUUAAGAUGCAAUACCCCACCCUCAAUGUGUUGAUUAAUAAUGCUGGGUGUAUGGUGAACAAGAGAGAGGUGAGCGAUGAUGGUCUGGAGAAGAACUUUGCCACCAACACACUGGGAGUGUAUCUUCUCACCCAGAGCCUCAUUCCACUACUUCAGAAGAGCAGGGAUCCGAGGGUGAUAACAGUAACAUCAGGGGGCAUGCUGGUCCAGAAGCUCCAACAUGAUGACCUACAGUCUGCAAAAGGUCCCUUUAACGGCACCAUGGUCUACGCCCAGAAUAAGAGACAGCAGGUGGUGCUGACAGAACAAUGGGCCAAACACCACCCAGCCAUCCACUUCUCCGUCAUGCACCCUGGAUGGGCCGACACACCAGCGGUUUCUACAUCGAUGCCCCAGUUCCACCAGAUGAUGGGGGAAAGGUUGCGUAGUGCAGAGCAGGGAGCUGACACUGUGGUGUGGCUGUCACUGUCUCGCACUGCUGGCAAAAGACGCAGCGGAAAGUUCUUCCAAGAUCGGCGGGCGGUCCCGGCCCAUCUGCCCCUGGCCUGGACCCACAGUUCCCCUGAGGAGGUCCGGUCCUUCAUGACCCAGCUGGAUAUCUUGGCCCAGGCCGCAAAGCAGCCUCGCACCGACACACAACCCAGUUUUGACCCAACUUAUUGAAAGGUCUUGUAACCCACCAGCACCAUAACACAGAGUAUAUUUCCAGUCUCAAGCUGCGACCCCAAUGUAACCAAACAACCACUUUGAUAAACUCUUUCUUACCUAGAUAACCAAUUCUAAUACUAGCUGAAUUGAUUCAGCUCUUAGGAAUCCUAACUUCCACUUAAGUCACAUUUUCACUUCAGUCAUGCAUUGAUAUUAAUGGACAUCGCCCCUUAGUACUUUUCACUAUUUAUUAUUCAGAAAGUUUAAAGCUUCAGUACGUGGCUUCAGUACGUGACCACAGACCUUGAGGUGGUCGGUAGCUCAUUCUGACGCUACAAUUUGAACGUUUCAAUUUCAUUUGAGUAUUCAUGGUUUCUCAUUUGACUCUUAAGUAUCCCUAACCUGUCCUCAAUGUCUUUCGUUGGUAAUAAAAUAACUUGAUGGACUUGAA